AUGGCGCUUGCUGUUCGCGUGCAUGGCAACUCCUUUCCCUCUCAUCGCACGGCUCGCUCCAUGUUCCGUGGCCUCUCCUGCAGAGCCGACCUGUCUGUCCAGAUGGUGACCCGGAAGGACGCGUGGCGGCGGCGGGGCUACGCGCCGGUGCUCUACGUCCAGUCCCACUGCGACGUCCCCUCUGACCGCGACCGCUACGUGCGGGAGCUCAUGAAGUACAUCCAGGUUGACUCCUACGGGAAAUGCCUGCAGAACCGUGAGCUCCCCAGCGAGCGACUGAGAGACACUGCCACAGCCACAGCGGAAGACGCUGAGUUCAUGACGUUCAUUGCCAGGUACAAGUUUCACCUGGCCAUGGAGAAUGCCAUCUGCGAUGACUACAUGACGGAGAAGCUGUGGCGUCCGAUGCACCUGGGCGCCGUCCCGGUGUACCGAGGCUCCCCAGCUGUGCGGGACUGGAUGCCCAACAACCGCUCCAUCAUUCUGAUAGAUGACUUUGACAGCCCCCAGGAGCUGGCGAAGUACCUUGAUUUCCUGGACAAGAACGGAGAGGAGUACAUGAAGUAUCUAGAGUAUAAAAACGUUGGUGGAAUCACAAACCGGUUCUUGCUGGAGAGCUUGGAGAGGCGGGAGUGGGGUGUGAAUGACAUGACCCUGCCCAACUACCUGAACGGUUUCGAGUGUUUCGUCUGCGACAGGGAGAACGCCCGCUCCAAGGAGGAGCGGGAACACAAGAAGUCUCGGGGGAAGAGUCCAGCCCCCAGACCUCGCAUUGCUCAGUUCAAGCACAUGGGAUGUCCUAUGCCCACCCCCGGGUUUGGAAGUGUUGAAGACCUCUCUGGAGGAGACAGUUGGAAAGAGAUGUGGCUGCAGGAUUAUUGGCAGAGCCUUGAUCAGGGUGAGGCCCUCACUGCUAUGAUUCAUCGCAACGAGUCGCAUCAGGGAAGAUUUUGGGACUAUAUGCAUGAGAUUUUUCGCAAGAGGACGAGGCAACACUGACCCAUCUGUGUAAGAGCUUGAUUUGAAAAUUGCAUUGGAAGGUGAGACUGCAAAGUCUUCUCUCGCUCCAAAUCUUUGCCUUGAAA